AAUAACGCCCGCAACGUUAUUAACUACUUUCACCAUGGGCCGAAGUCUUGAUCCAGUCUGGGAAUUUUAUUAUCGCAUUGAGCAAGACGUACAAAGUCUUGGAUUGAAAGCAAAAGCCAACUCUGCCCACAACAAUGGCUGGUGCAAGAACUGCGUUAGAAUGAAGCUCGUCGGCCCCGAGAUGGCCACCUGGGUACCCGACGACUCUGUUCUCGCGGAGACUGGUCAAAUAGAGACCGCGCGACGUUAUAAAGCCAUGUCUCUUUGCCAGCCCUACACUGGUGUUCCAUCGCGUCUUCGCAGUCACCUACAGAGAUGUUCCCAUUCCCAGGGAAUCAUGAUCCCAGAUGCUGUUCCACUUAAGAAGCGAAAGAGCCACCCUGGUUCACCUGGAACAGAAGCAGGACCUAGCGGCAGGCACUCAACGCCCGUCAAGGCCGGAGGCCGGGGCAAAUUGAGUGACGAGCAGCAGGGUGAAUUCAAUGUUCACCUCUGGCAUAUCUUCAACAUGUUGGAUAUACCCAUUGAAACGCUUACCAAUCCAACUUUCGUCCAAUUUUUCUCGAAAUAUAUACCACAAGCUACUUUGCCGUCUCGCAGCUUGUUCUACACGCUUUCUGCGUCAAGGAACAUCGCCCCUCCUAAUCUCUCAUCAGCGGCAGCGACUGUGGGACCCACAGGUUCUCCUGACUUUCAGGGACUGGCUAGAUUGGCGGCCGGGUUCGCGUCAGUUCCUGGUGUAACGGGCGUAUCCGAAUUAUCUGGUGUGCAAGGGGAGUCUGGCGUACCUCAUCACGUCGAAUCAGAUGGAGCACACGAACCAGAUCUGUCUCACGACUCUCAAAUGCAGCAAGUUUCGGGGGCGUCCCAUAUACGGGGCGUGCCAGGGGUGUCAGAAGAUGAUAUUUCAGACGGUGGAAAAGGCGAGCUAUCUUAUGAAUGAAACUGGAAGCAGUUGUUCUUUUACAUAAGCUUCCUUGACCGUCUGAACCCACUUCGUGGUCUGAAAGCGCUAUACAAGUACCGUCCUAUAUAUGUUCAAUAUCUUCAUGUCUGCCUCAUGUUCAUGUAUCUGGAAAAUUAUACAAUGCGCUCAACUAGACAGAUGAAAUCAGGAGGAUAUUACUGCAACUGUACAGGAUGUGGAUUAAUGAAUACAUAUGUU